AUGAUUCUGGCUCCACAGUGCUACGUGGAUGAGGUCACAGAACCAGUGAUACUCAUAGAUGUGAUGAGAUCGAAGUUGGGUUCUGGAAAAACUGAUACAGAAGUGACGUACAGGCGAUACUCAAACACGAAAGAAAUCAAAGAGUACUUCAGUAACCCGGGGAGCGAAGCUUUCAGAGACCGGUACAUAUCGAUUUGCCAGGCGCACUCAUGGGACCCCCUAGAGAUCACACCUUCGAUGCUGGAGUCUUUGACUGAAGUAUGCGGGUUGGGUUCUUCGAUCUAUGACUUGACCACCAGCUUUUAUCGGCGAGUUCGAGAAAUCGAGGAGACAUUCUGCAUCCCUUUGAUAGAAUGUACAAAUGAAUUAGCGUACACCAUGCGAUACCCGGAGUUAAAACCGAUGGGAAAUGAUUGGGUACUGCGACAGACAGGCAUCUAUCACAAGUUUGAUGCAGAAACAUCCCAAAACACCUAUGUCCUCCUAAGCCCAUCACCUGAUUCGAAAUUGAAGAAGCAGGCAGAACAUGACCUUCUCCACUGCUGUCAGACCGUUGAAAACGACUCAUUUUGGUUGCAUAAAAUGUUCCAAGAGACCUGCCUACCAAACUGGAGGAUGUAUAAUGCAAGUCUAGAGCGCAAGUUUCUGCCAAUGGCAGACACUGCGGCUCAUACCUUCAUUGAAGAGCUCUCCGUUUCACAAUACAGCCAUCUGACCGACCUCGCGGAUCUUGAGAAUCGAUUCCUACAGACUUCAAUUAUUCUCACCGCGUCUCAGGACGUUCUUGAAUGCCUGAUUGCAAUAUGUGCUGACAUGAGAGACACGAGCACAGACUGCAAGACACAGAUUCAGGUUUCGAAGCGUCGAUUCCAGCAUAGUCGGCGCGUGUGCGCUGCCGACCACAGAACGGCGACGUAUCUUCAUCAACGUUCCAGAACAACUGCACAGCUUUUAGCAAAUGCACUAUCGUUCCGCGAACAACUAGAAUCUAGAGCCCAAAACAGUAAUAUGCUGUCGCUGAAUAAGUCGGCUGUGUUUAUCACUACUCUCACGUUGCUAUACUUGCCGCCUUCUUUCAUCGCCACAUUUUUCGGGAUGAACUUCUUCGACCUAGACACGGACACGGGUCGAAUAGUUGGCAGUUCAAUGGUGUGGAUUUUCGUCCUUUGCUCGGGCAUUUUGACAGCGAUCACAUUCAUGGUCUAUCGCUUGCUUCUUAGUGGGGAUGUAAUGGCACGAAUUUCUGGAAAGACGAAGCGAAUACAUGUAUGGUGGAGGCACUGUGUCUGGUAUUUCAGGCGAAGAAAAGCUGUACACGGGGAGAAGGUGCAUGCAAGUGUAUGA